AUGCGCUUUUCGGAUGAGACGCUGCUGGACAUCACCAAGCGCUUUAGAAGGGAGCUGGCCAGUGGGCUGGGCAGCGACACCAACGCCACCGCCUCCCUGAAGAUGCUGCCGACGUUUGUGCGCUCGAUCCCGGACGGAACAGAGAAGGGAGAUUUCAUCGCUUUGGAUCUGGGAGGCAGUAACUUCAGGAUCCUCCGCGUCAAGGUGAGCCACGAGAAGAAGCAGACCGUUCAGAUGGAGAGCGAAGUCUACGACACGCCAGAGGACAUCAUUCACGGCAGCGGGACCAGACUGUUCGACCAUGUGGCCGAGUGUCUCGGCGACUUCAUGGAGAAGCACGACAUCAAAGACAAGAGGCUCCCAGUUGGUUUCACCUUCUCCUUCCCCUGCCAGCAGUCCAAACUGGACGAGGGCUAUCUGAUAACGUGGACAAAACGCUUCAAAGCCAGCGGGGUGGAAGGGAUGGACGUCGUCCAGCUGCUCAACAAAGCCAUUGAGAAACGAGGCGACUACGAGGCCGACAUCAUGGCAGUAGUGAACGAUACCGUGGGGACAAUGAUGACCUGUGGCUUCGAUGACCAGCGCUGCGAAGUUGGCAUCAUCAUAGGGACGGGUACCAACGCCUGCUACAUGGAGGAGCUGCGUCACAUCGACCUGGUGGAGGGAGACGAGGGCCGGAUGUGCGUGAACACCGAGUGGGGGGCGUUCGGAGACGACGGCAGGCUAGAGGACCUCAGGACCGAGUUUGACCGAGAGAUAGACAGAGGUUCCCUCAACCCGGGCAACCAGCUUUUUGAGAAGAUGGUCAGCGGGAUGUACAUGGGGGAGCUGGUUCGUCUCAUCCUGGUUAAGAUGGCCCGAGAGGGACUGCUGUUUGAGGGGAGAAUCACCCCCGAGCUUCUUACUAAGGGGACAUUUGAGACCAAACACGUCUCAGCAAUAGAGAAGAGCAAGGAAGGCUUAAGCAAGGCAAAAGAUAUUUUAAGUCGACUUGGUGUGGAACCCUCGGCGGAGGACUGCGUCGCUGUGCAACAUGUUUGUGCCAUCGUCUCUCAUCGCUCCGCCAACCUGGUAGCUGCUGCCCUGGCAGGCAUCCUGAUGAGGCUGAAAGAGAACAAAGGAGUGACCCGACUCAGAACCACCGUGGGCAUCGAUGGCUCUCUGUACAAGAUGCACCCACAAUACGCCCGGCGCCUCCAUAAGACCGUCCGGCGUUUGGUCCCCGACUGCGACGUCCGGUUCCUGCUGUCGGAGAGCGGCAGCGGGAAAGGUGCCGCCAUGGUGACAGCCGUGGCCUACAGACUCGCCGAUCAAACCCGACAAAUCGCCAAGACCCUGGCCGAGUUCCGCCUGACGACCGAGCAGCUGCUGGAGGUGAAAAAGAGAAUGAGGAUAGAGAUCCAAAACGGCCUUUCAAAGAGCACCCAGGAGGCUGCCACCGUCAAAAUGCUGCCGACGUUUGUCCGCCGCACACCUGACGGCUCAGAAAAUGGGGAUUUCCUGGCUUUGGACUUGGGAGGAACCAACUUUCGAGUUCUGAUGGUCAAGAUUCGUUCUGGGAAGAAGAGAUCGGUGGAGAUGCACAACAAGAUCUACGCUAUUCCUCUGGAGGUGAUGCAGGGCACAGGAGAGGAGCUUUUUGAUCACAUAGUGCACUGCAUCAGUGACUUCCUGGACUACAUGGGGAUGAAGAACGCACGUCUUCCUCUGGGCUUCACCUUCUCGUUCCCGUGCCGUCAGACGAGUCUGGAUGCCGGCAUCUUGGUGACUUGGACCAAGGGCUUCAAGGCGACAGACUGCGAGGGAGAAGAUGUGGUGGGGCUGCUGAGGGAGGCCAUCAAGAGAAGAGAGGAGUUUGACCUGGAUGUGGUGGCCAUCGUCAACGACACGGUGGGAACCAUGAUGACCUGCGCCUACGAAGAGCCGACCUGUGAGGUUGGCCUCAUUGCCGGAACCGGCAGCAACGCCUGCUACAUGGAGGAGAUGCGCAACAUCGAGAUGGUCGAGGGCGACGAAGGACGCAUGUGCGUCAACAUGGAGUGGGGGGCUUUCGGAGACAACGGGUGCCUUGACGACUUCAGGACGGAGUAUGACAACACCGUGGAUGAACUCAGUCUUAACCCAGGGAAACAAAGGUAUGAGAAGAUGUGCAGCGGCAUGUACCUGGGUGAGAUCGUGAGGAACAUCCUUAUAGACAUGACCAAAAAAGGAUUCCUGUUCAGAGGACAGAUCUCUGAAACCCUGAAGACCAGAGGCAUCUUUGAAACCAAGUUCCUCUCGCAGAUAGAAAGUGACAGACUGGCUUUGCUGCAGGUCAGAUCCAUCCUGCAACACUUAGGACUGGACAGCACUUGUGAUGACAGUAUCAUUGUCAAAGAGGUCUGUGGAACAGUGUCGCGGCGUGCCGCUCAGCUGUGUGGGGCAGGGAUGGCGGCUGUCGUCGAUAAGAUAAGAGAGAACCGCGGACUGGAGCAUCUGAACAUCACUGUGGGAGUGGACGGCACGCUGUACAAAUUACAUCCACAUUUCUCCCGGAUCAUGCACCAGACUGUCUGCGAACUGGCCCCUCAGUGCACCGUCAACUUCCUGUUGUCCGAGGACGGCAGCGGCAAGGGAGCCGCUCUCAUCACGGCUGUGGGCUGCCGGAUCAGGGAAGAGCUCAACAGUAAAUAAGAAGGAGAAAAAAAAAUCUAUUUCACCCCAUUCCUCCUGGACACGUCAUCUUCUUUGCUCUGAAACGGACAUUACAUUCGACCCCCUCACACUCCAGCUGCUUCUUUAUCCCUGCGUCUGCCUGAGACAGUUUAGCAGCAGAGGUUCUAGUUCAACCAGAUCUAACAGCAGCCAGCCUCUUUAGGGAUGCAUUUUUUGUGAUUUCAAAGCUCAACAUUAUCGUAAGGAUAAAAUAUUUGCUUUGAUACGUAAAUAAAUAUGAUAAAAAUGUAUUUUUAUUAUAUUAUUUAUUUUAUUUUACCCACUCCUGGUUUCACCUCUGUCUCCCCCUGGGGGAUUGCUCCCGCUACUGCAAGUCUGUCAGUUUUCCUGUGUUGCAAAAGAAAAGUUUCUUUUGUGACACAUCCAGGACAUAAAAA